AUGAAGUUCACCACUGUCAUCGUUUCCGCCGCCGCCAUUGCCGGUGUUGCCUCUGCUCCCGUCGCUGAAGGUGAAGCCACUCUUGGCUUGAUCAAGGGGAUCCUCGGUGGCCUCUUGGGCCACGGCAGCUGGGGUGGCAGCUGGGGCUGGAACGGCCAGGGCGGCUGGGGCUGGGGCGGCAACGGCGGCUGGGGCUCAUCGUGGUACUACCGCAAGAUCACCGUGAUCAAGAGCAAGGGUGGCCAGACGUACUACUACUGCUUCCCUCCCAACUACAACCCCUGUGGUUGCGAAGCUGACGCUGCGUACGCCGUCACCUCCGAUGAUGCCAACAAGCUCAUCGACGACGCCUCGUUCGCCGUUGAGACCAACGACGCCGUCACCAUCCCCGAUGAUGUCGCUGAACAAGGUGUCGCUGCCGCUGCCCAAUCCUCGUAA